AUGAGGUGCACCCCUCACCAUCUAGAAGAUCCGGUCACAUCAACAAAGGAAAUCCCUAGAAGACAACUUUCAGCGUACAACUUAGAGAAUCGUAUAGCCAUUGACAUAAAUAUGUAA